AUGGCCUCGACUCUUGCUGUUGGCCUUGGCGUGGCCACUGCUGCCUUCCUGGGCCGUGCCGGUCUGGUCGCCUACCGCCGCUCUCAGGGUGCCGUUAAUGCCGCUGGAAAGGCUUUCUACAAGGGUGGAUUCGAGCAACGUAUGAACCGCAAGGAAGCCUCCCUUAUCCUCGAACUUCCUGAGCGAACUUUGAACAAGGACAAGGUGCGCAAGAAGCACCGCCAGCUCAUGCUCCUCAACCACCCCGAUCGUGGUGGCAGUCCUUACUUGGCGACCAAAAUCAACGAAGCCAAAGAAUUCCUCGACAAACACACCUAA